AUGAAUUGGAAUGUUUACUCUGAUGGGACAGUUCUUCUAAGAAAGGUUGGAGAGUGUGAUUCUGCAUCAAAUCAUGAAACACAACUCUCUAUUGACGUGGAGAACAUAGUGUGGAGAACGCCACUUAAUAAAAUCCCAUCCUCAGUGUGUACCAAACCAUGUCCUCUAGGAUACAGAAAAGCUGUUAAAAAAGGGAAUUCCCAUUGCUGCUAUAAAUGUGUGCCGUGUUCAGAAGGACACAUCUCCAACACGUCAGACAUGGAGAACUGCUUACCUUGCCCAGAAGAUCAGUGGUCCAAUGAUAAAAGAGAUCAAUGCAUCAUGCGAGCAAUUGACUUCCUAUCUUUUGACGAACCACUUGGAUUCAGUUUAUUAAUAAUAGUGAUUAUUUUAUCUGCCAUCACACUGUUAGUUCUGGGAACUUUUAUCAAGUUCAGAGACAGUCCUAUAGUAAGAGCCAACAAUCGAGAUCUCAGCUAUACUCUCCUCCUGUUUCUCUUACUAUCAUUCUUCUGUAGCUUGCUCUUCAUUGGACGACCCAUGAAGGUGACCUGCUUGAUAAGAAAUGUUGCCUUUGGAGUAAUCUUUACCAUAAGUGUUUCUUCUCUCCUGGGAAAAACAAUGACUGUUGUUAUUGCCUUUAAUGCUAUAAACCCUGGAAGUAUAUUGAGACUAUGGGUUGGACCCAGAGUCCCAAUUUACAUUGUAUUACUCUGCUCACUAGGAGAGGUUGUUAUAUGUAUUACGUGGCUCCUGUAUUCCCCACCAUUUCCUGAUUCUGACACUAAAUCCCAACCAUCAGUGAUCACCUUGCAGUGUAAUGAAGGAUCUGCUCUUGCCUUGUAUUUUGUAGUUGGGUAUAUUGCCUUAUUAGCUUUUGUGAGCUUCUUUGUAGCAUAUCUUGCCCGCAGAUUACCAGACAUUUAUAACGAGGCUCAGUAUAUCACCUUCAGUAUGCUUGUUUUCGUUAGUGUCUGGAUCUCCUUUAUUCCAACAUAUCUGAGCACCAAAGGAAAAUAUCUGGUGGCUGUCGAGAUAUUUGCCAUAUUAGCUUCCAGCUCUGCAUUUCUAGGUUUCAUAUUUUUACCAAAAUGCUACGUCAUUUUCUUCAGACCUCAUAAGAACACCAGAAAUAUGAAUGUAAUAACCAAAUGUAACAAAAUAUAG